UCACCUUACCUGGUUUAUAGAAAGAUGCCUGAAUUCAGUCGAGUGCCCUGGACUGUUGUGGUUAGCAGGACGCUCCUGCUGGGACUAUUUUUCCUGGCACCACUCAGUACUGCAGUGGAAUCAGAAGAAGACACACCGUCAGAAUGGAAGCUGUGGAAAAAAGCCAAUGGUGUGGAAUAUGAAGAAGAGCAUGACGACCAUAAACGAAAAGCCAUUUGGGAGAAGAACAAGAAUAUGAUUGAAGAAAACAAUAGAAAGUUUUACAUGGGCAUGUCUGACUUCACCAUGUCAAUGAACAGAUUUGGAGAUCUGACUCGAAUGGAGUUUCGGCAGUUACUGGGAGCAAAGGUCAAUGGCAACAUGAAGAACAAAGCAAAAAUUAUCAGUGCACGCAAACUGCGCUACUAUGCCAGAAAAGUACGCAAGUCAAAGGUGGACUACAGACCAAUGGGAUAUGUUACAGAAGUUAAAGAUCAGGGCUACUGUGGAUCUUGUUGGGCCUUCAGCACUACAGGUGCCAUCGAGGGUCAAAUGUUCAAGAAGACAGGUCAGCUGGUGUCCCUGAGUGAACAGAACCUCGUGGACUGUUCUUGGUCUUAUGGGACGUACGGCUGCAGCGGCGCCUGGAUGGCAAAUGCUUAUGAGUACGUAGUCAACCACGGGCUGCAAGCCUCCGAAACAUACCCUUAUACCUCUGUGGACACACAGCCAUGCUUCUAUGACAGCAAGAAAGCUGUGGCCCAUAUCAGUGACUACAGGUUCAUUCCCACUGGAAAUGAACAGGCUUUGGCUGAUGCUUUGGCAGCUAUUGGUCCAAUUACUGUUGCAAUUGAUGCAGAUCACGCAAGUUUCCUUUUCUACAGCUCAGGUAUCUACGAGGAGCCAGCUUGCAAUCCAAACAAUCUAAGCCAUGCUGUGCUUCUGGUUGGUUAUGGCUCAGAUGGCGGCCAGGACUACUGGAUCAUCAAAAACAGUUGGGGUACAGGCUGGGGUGAAGGAGGCUACAUGCGCAUGAUCCGGAAUGGCAGCAACACCUGUGGAAUUGCCAGCUAUGCUCUCUAUCCUAUUGUAUAACACCUUUUUGUACCCUUCAAUAAAAAAAAAAGCUUUACCUUGUUAACGCUUCAGUGUUUACAAACUCAAAACACAGCACUCAGACU